AGGAUUCACAUUCUGGGAAUCCUCAGACUCUCAGCGGGAUCCGAAACGAGGCAUCAUGCCAGUAUCUGACCCGAAGAGGUCGUUUCCUCCUCUGCAAGGAGCCUUCACGCUAAAGCAGAGCUCAGACGAGCUUCCGCAGAGAGCAUGGCUGUUGCCAGGGGAGAAGCCCAUCAAGCUCAGUGAAGAGGCGCGGAAGGACUUGGUGAAGUGCAUAGGAGAGAGAGGCAUAAGGCUGCUCCAGCAGGAGAUCGGCAUAGUGGACAAAGCCAACGCUGUUUCUCCCGAGGUCGAGCCUAUCUUCCGCUUCGAGACAGCUUGGGGCCGCCAAGUUGCGAAGCCGCGAUACAGAAUGGAAGCGACAGUGAAUCGAAGCAAGGAAGGCGUUUCCUUCCUAUCCAAUCCUUGCACGGUGAACAAGAAGUUCUUUUGGCCAAAUAUGACCAACGAAAAUCUGGACGGGUCGGAAGAGACUGACAUGCCAUCUCCUCACUCUCAUUUGUCAGGAUCCAUAAGAAGCACUGCAUGGUGCUCGAGACGCCCUCGCAGGUCAAGGAUGUUCGCUCAUGGCUUCAGCUCUAUGGCGAACCAGAUCCCAAGAGAGUGCCGACCGGCGUCAUGAGCACCUUCAGACCCUCAAGGGUUCGGUUCGGCAAAGACAAGAGCCGCUCCUCCGACAUGAUCCGCAAGGUAGACGGGCUGACAUGGCACCAAGAAUAUAGCAAGACGAUGACAGCGGCCUAUGGUUCUCGUUUCAAGCUGAGCUCAUGACAUCGUUAGAGCCGCUGAAUUUAUUCUUUCACUUUAUGGUGUCAGACCUGUUGUAGAAUAGCAUUAUGAGUAAUCAUCCUCUCACAUUG